UGCACAGCUGAGCCAUCACUGGUAACUGCCGCAGGGGCAGGAGCCAGCCUCGGAACCCCCGGGGAGCAGCAGUUGGCCUGCCGGCCGUGGCUCCUUUGGGCGGCUGGAGGGCCGGGAACCAGGCUUUCAGGACGCCCUUGUCCAGCAAGAUCUCCAGGAGGAGAAACCUGGGCAUGUUCACAUCGCUACGAGCAAAGAGAGAACUCCCUCCUUCUGCAGGAUGAAAGUAAAAUGAAAGCCAAAGAGCAGUACCGAUCCGACAUGUGGUUAGAAACUGACCACCUGACUAAGGGGAGUCUGCGACAGGACACGGGGUCACCCUCUGUGGCCCUCGGUGCCCCGCCCACCGAUGCUGUGGCUCCGCACCAGACAGAUCCGGUUGAGAACAUGUUUGAACAGAACCUCGAGAUCAAGUUCUACAUCAGUUCUGGACCCGCAUCUCUGUCCUCACACAGUGGAGACGAAGCCAACCCCAUUAAGGUUGUAGAUUCUGCUCAUCUUCCGGUCCACACUCCAACAAUAAAGAGAAAGGAAUAUCACAGUAGCAUCCGCCUUCCAACUAAGAGUAAGAGCCAUCGGUUUUUCCUCACGUCCUUCACGGCCCCCACCAAGUGUCACCAGUGCACGUCUCUGAUGGUGGGUUUGAUAAGACAAGGCUGUGCCUGCGACGCAUGUGGGUUCUCAUGUCACACAACCUGUGUAGAAAAGGCUCCCAGAGCUUGUCCAGUGCCUUCUCAGCAGAAGAAAGGUGCCCUCUGUCUAGACGCACAGGCAGGCAUGGGAACAGCCUAUGAAGGCCAUGUCUGGAUCCCAAAGAAGGCAGGGGCGAGGAAGGGAUGGCAGAGAGCCCUGGCUGUCGUCUGUGACUUCAAGCUCUUCCUGUACAACAUGGAUGAAGAAAAAGACUCCAAACCCAGCGUUGUCGUCAGUCAAGUGAUUGACAUGAGGGAUGGAGCAUUUUCUGUCAGCUCUGUCUGGCUCUCCAAUUUUAUUCCUGUGAGGAGAAAGGAAAUGCCCUGUGUGUUUACAGUCACGGCAUCGCAGCUCUCAGCGCCUCGCAACCGGUACUCGGUACCCAUCCUAGCAGACAGCGAGAACGACAAGUGGGAGUGGGUGCGAGUGCUGAGGGACCUGCACAAGACGCUGAGAAAAAGCCCCUCCAGAGACCGCUCAGUCUAUGUGCUGGAAGAGGCUUAUGAUAGCAGCCUGCCCUUGAUCAGAACCAGCCGGACAGCUGCGAUCAUAGAUCACAAAAGAAUCGCUCUGGGAAAUGAAGAAGGGCUCUUUGUCGUGCACGUUACCAUAGGUGAAAUUAUUCAGGUUGGUGACAUGAAGAAGAUUCAUCAGAUUGAGCUCAUUCCCCAUGGCCAGAUGGUUGCGGUGAUCUCUGGGAGAAGUCACCACGUGCGGCUGUUUCCCAUGUCAGCUCUGGAUGGACGGAAGACUGACACUCACAAGCUAGCAGAAACAAAAGGGUGUCAGACAAUGACUUCCGGAACAGUGUGUCAAGGGGCCCACACAUGCCUCUGUGUAGCAAGGAAAAGCCAAGUCUUUUGUUAUGAGCUGUUUCAGAGCAAGAAAAUUUCUCACAGAAAAUUUAAAGAGCUCCAGAUCCCAACCAGUGUCCAGUGGAUGGCCAUCUUCAAUGAGCAGCUUUGUGUAGGAUUCCAGUCGGGGUUCCUGAGAUGCCCCUUGAGGAAAGAAGGAGUCCCAUACAGGAUGCUCCACUCACAGGACCCGACACUAUCGUUUAUUGCACACGAGCCCGUGGACGCUCUCUGUGCCGUCGAGAUCUCCAGUAUUGAGUAUCUGCUAUGUUUUAAGAGCAUUGGCAUUUACACUGACAGCAGGGGCCUCCGAUCUAGGCCAGUUGAGCUGAUGUGGCCAGCAGCUCCAACUUACUGCCGUUACAAUGCCCCAUAUCUCUCCGUGUACAGUGAAAAUGCAGUGGACAUCUUUAAUGUGAACUCCAUGGAAUGGAUCCAGACUGUCCCUCUCAAGAAGGUUCGACCUCUAAAUAGUGAAGGAUCCUUAAAUAUUUUACUUUCGGAGACAAAAAGAUUAAUAUAUUUCAAAAAGAAGAUGACAUAUGGAGAAGAGAUGGUAUUUCCUGAAACAUCAGAUAAUCAUCAGAAACAAAUGGUCCGGCACCUCCACAGCAAGCGGCGAUAUUCCUUCAGAGUUCCCAGAAGGAAGGGGCAUCUGCCCAUGGGGCUCUGAUCACCACCCUUCACAUGUGGGCCAGAGGGAGCACUCCAGAACCACAUGUUGUUUGAUGUUAUUUGGAAGAAAAAGAAAUAAAUCUCUGAAACUCGGGCAGAAAUCUCUGUUCACAUCAGUGUUAUGUUUAUUUCUCUGUGAGACUUCAAAAAAACCUUUACGUAGUAAGUAUAAAUGGAAGUGUAAUGUUGAUUCAUUUCUCUGUGAGUGUGAAAUAACUGAAAUUCAGUAUGUAAGCCUCCAUAUAACAUAGGGAACACAUCAUAAUGUAUGU